AUGUGUCCCUGCAAAAUACCCAAAUGGAAAAGCAUUCUCACCGCAAAGACGGGCUGCGUAUGCGGCCCAAAAUCAACAGACAUAAUCCAGCCCACACAAAGGCCCAAAACUCCGAAAAUUCCCGAUCAAAAGCCCAUCCACCGUCCCUUUUCCUCCGGCGCCUCCACAAAAGGCGACUGGAAGCCCGCCACGGAUUCCGAUGAGCCGGACCACCGCGCCGCCAGCGGCGGCGGCUCCCUCCUCCCCGAGCGAAGCUCCUCUAAAACGGUCGCAGCCGCCGGAUGCCAUAAGAUCCACGACAGCCUCGCCGUCGUCAAGGAUUCCGACGACCCGUACCUGGAUUUCCGGCGGUCGAUGCUCCAGAUGAUCUUCGCGCAUGAAAUCUACUCGACGGCUGAUCUGCAGCAGCUCCUCGACUGCUUUCUGCGGCUGAAUUCGCCUCGCCAUCACGAGACCAUCGUCCGGGCAUUCGUGGAGAUAUGCAGCGGCGGCGGCUCCGCCACGGGGGAGGUGGCUGAGCCUGUAUUUCCGGUGGGGUGUUCGUGUGAGGGCCAGGGGGUGGAUAGUUGA